AUGCCGACAUGCAAGUAUGAUGGCAAGACCGAUCAAGAGGAUCACAUAUCGGCUUAUGAAGGACAUAUGUUGUUGUACACCGAUACCGACUCGGUAUGGUGUAAGGUGUUUCCCUCUACUUUGGUUGGACUAGGGCAAACAUGGUUCAAGAGUAUUCCGCCGGCAACCGUUUUCGACUUCCGCCAACUCACAUCCAUGUUUGUAACGCACUUCGUAAGCAACAAGCGACGCGAGAAAACAACCGGCGAGUUGAUGUCCAUCAAGCAAGGUGAGACAGAAAGUUUGAGGGACUAUGUGGGGCGUUUCAAUGCUGAAGCUGUCACCAUCCCUACGCUGCAGCAAGAAGUAGCGGUCCUAGCCCUCAUGAUGGGGUUGAGAGAAGGGACUCCAUUUUGA